AGUAAUCCUCAAAAACCUGCUUUAAGCUGAGACCUUAAGAUGUUGUUUUCAGGGCGGCGCCUGUGGCUCAGUUGGUAAGGCACCGGCCCCAUAUACCGAGGGUGGCGGGUUCAAACCCGGCCCCGGCCAAACUGCAACCAAAAAAUAGCCGGGCGUUGUGGCGGGCGCCUGUAGUCCCAGCUACUCGGGAGGCUGAGGCAAGAGAAUCGCUUAAGCCCAGGAGUUGGAGGUUGCUGUGAGCUGUGUGACGCCACGGCACUGUACCGAGGGCCAUAAGGUGAGACUCUGUCUCUACAAAAAAAAGAUGUUGUUUUCAGGCUCAUCUGGCUCCUGCUCUCACAGCCAUUGCAGUACAUUGAGCUCCAUAGAGACUGCCAGGGCAAGUGAGAGCCAGACGGGCACUGGGUGACUGCCUCGCUGAGGAAAAAUAACUGACCGUGGGCAAAGGAGAUCCUAAGAAGCUGAGAGGCAUAAUGUCAUCAUACGCAUUCUUCAUGCAAACUUGUCGGGAGAAGCAUAAGAAGCAGCACCCAGGUGCUUCAGUCAACUUCUCAGAGUUUUCUAAGAAGUGCUCAGAGAGGUGGAAGACCAUGUCUGCUAAAGAGAAAGGAAAAUCUGAAGAUACGGCAGAGGCGGACAAGGCCCGUUAUGAAGGAGAAAUGAAAAGCUAUAUCCCUCCUAAAGGGGAAACAGAAAAGAAGCUCAAGGAUCCCAAUGCACCCAAGAGGCCUCCUUCGGCCUUUUUCUUGUUCUGUUCUGAGUAUCGCCCCCAAAUCAAAAGAAAACAUUCCAGCCUAUCCAUUGGUGAUGUUGCAAAGAAGCUGGGAGAGAUGUGGGGUAACACUGCUGCGGAUGACAAGCAGCCUGAUAAAAAGAAGGCUGCAAAGCUGAAGGAAAAAUACGAAAAGGAUAUUGCUGCAGAUUGAGCUAAAGGAAAGCCUGAUGCAGCGCAAAAGGGAGUUGUCAAGGCUGAAAACAGCAAGAAAAAGAAGGAAGUUGAGGAAGAUGAAUAAGAUGAUGAUGAAUAAGUUGGUUCUAGCACAGUUGUUUUUUUUUCUUGUUUAUAAAGCAUUUAACCCCCUGUACACAACUCACUCCUUUUAAAGAAAAAAAUUGAAAUGUAAGGCUAUGUAAGAUUUGUUUUUAAACUGUACAGUGUCUUUUUUUGUAUAGUUAACACAUUACCGAAUGUGUCUUUAGAUAGCCCUGUCCCGGUGGUAUUUUCAGUAGCCACUAACCUUGCCUGGUACAGUCGGAGGUUGUAAAUUGGCAUGGAAAUGUAAAGCAGGUUCUUGGUGCACAGCACAAAUUAGUUAUAUGUGGGGAUGGUAAGUUUUUUAAUCUUCAUUUGUCUCUGAUGCAGCUUAUAUGAAAUAAUUGUUGUUCUGUUAACUGAAUACCACUCUAAUUGCAAAAAAAAGUUGCAGCUGUUUUGUUGACAUUCUGAAUGCUUCUAAGUAAAUACAGUUUUUUUAUUUAAAAAAAGUUUUCAAGUGCUUACAAAUUACAGUAAAGAUUUUUUUUAGAUCUAGAGGUGUAUGAUCACUAAAAACAAGUGUAAGGUUUGCUCAGUUGUUUACCUUCUG